ACGGUGAAUUGGCUUGAUCGUUGGACAGCUGCUAGCCUUAGUACAAUACCAACUCAUAUCAAUUCCCCUUUGAUUCUACAGAAGUUGCCUGUCCCCGUGGGCAACAAUACAGACAACAUGGUCGUCUUAGCCGCAUCUAUUUGUACUCGAGGCGGGAAAGCUGUCCUCUCGAGGCUGUUCCGUGAGAUGCCCAGAUCGCGAAUCGAAGCCCUCCUAGCAUCAUUUCCUAAGCUUGCCGACUCGGGCACCCAGCACACCACCGUCGAGCAGGACAAUGUUCGAUUUGUCUACCAACCCCUUGACGAGCUCUACAUGGUCCUCAUCACCAACCGCCAGUCCAACAUCUUGCAGGAUAUCGACUCCCUCCACCUAUUUGCGCAGGUGGUUACUAGUACAUGCAGAAGCUUGGAUGAGAGGGAGAUAUUGAAGAAUGCCUACGAAUUGCUCAGCGCAUUUGACGAAUUGGUUUCGCUCGGCUACAGGGAAAACCUCACCAUCAGUCAGAUCAAGACUUUCUUGGAGAUGGAGAGUCACGAAGAGCGCAUCCAGGAGAUUAUCGCGCGAAACAAGGAAUUGGAAGCAACCGAGGAGCGCAAACGAAAGGCCAAACAGCUGGAGUUGCAACGAAAGGAGACUACGAGGAUGGGCCGUCCUGUUGUACGAAGCCCAGUAUAUCCGACUUAUACGCCACCUACGCGCCCCGCGCCUGCAGAUACCUACGAUACCUACGAAGCUGAGAAGAAUAAGACUCAUAAGACAACGGUUAUGAAGGGCAAAGGAAUGCAGUUGGGUAAGAAGUCCAAGACUACAGACAUGUUUGAACGUGUCCGAGGAGACAUGGGAGCCGAAGUAGACGAGUCACCCCUGGUGCCCAUCGCUCCCGCUCCCGCUCCCGCUGCCGAGCCCGCAGCUCCGCGAAUGUCUUCGACCCUAGACCGCGAUGCGAUCCACGUCACUAUCAACGAGUCUAUCGGCGCCAAACUAUCGAGGGAAGGUUCGCUAAACUCCCUAGCCGUUACCGGCGAUCUAAGUUUAAGAAUCUCGGAUCCCAGCUUGACCAAGAUCAAGCUCAACCUUACAGCAAACGCCUCUCAUGGUGUCCAGUUCCGUACACAUCCCAACGUCGAUCGUGGCCUAUUUACGAGCUCCAAGACUAUCCAGAUGAGCAACGCUGCACGUGGUUUCCCUGUCAACAAUUCUGUUGGUGUGUUAAGGUGGCGAGCUACGCCGAAGACGGACGACACCGGCGCUUUGCCCAUCAGUUUCACCGUCUGGGUGAACAAGGGCUCGUCCGGAAACUACACGAUAACGGUCGAGUAUGAGCUUACUGGAGGUGACACCCUGAAGGAUGUUACCGUUGUCAUUCCGUACGUUACUAGUGAACCAUCCGUGUCUAGCUUCGAUGCCACCUACGAAGUAUCUGGCGACAGUCUCGAAUGGACUAUCGGAACCGUCGGCGACGACAAUCCCAACGGCUCGUUUGAAUUUGAUGCUCAGGCGGAUGACGAGAACGAGUUUUUCCCCAUGCAAGUACGAUUCUCCAAGACGACGCCGUUCAUCGAUGUUAAUGUUACGUCAGUUUCGUUACUGGAUGAGAACGAAGAAGUAACUUUCUCCAAAGACAUUAGGUCGGUGGCCGAGUCCUAUUUGGUCGAGUAACGGUUUUUGAGCAGGAUGUAAUGAGUUCAGCAUGGAGCAACGGCCACCAAAGGGGGAUGAGAGGGAUGAGACAGGAUGUUAUAUAGAGCAAUGGCUAGAUAUAGCAUGCUAAUCGAUUGUGAAUGAUGCCAUCAACUAUAGUUCCAACUCUGCUGUAAAUUCUAAGAGCUCGGAAAAAGUUACAGGAUUGUAUACAGUAACGUAAAUCACAAGUCAGUGGCCCAGCGAAAAUACAUACAAAAUACGUCUGUGCAUAGCCGUGCAUUUUAC